AUGUUUCAAACCCGCGCUUAGGAGAAAACGCCAAGAACUCAGAUUUCUUCUCACACGAUAAUCAUCUGUUGACGAUUCAGCUGUUCGUGUCGUCAUAAGGCUCCGUAGCGGGACGGUGUUGAUCGUAGCCUGCCUCGGAAUUCCCGCUCCGUGUUUCCCACCAUGGUAGGAGCUACCGUCGGCCCGUUCGUUCCCGCCGGUUCUCGACAUUCUCACCACGCGAACACAAAGAUGCAAUCCUCGAAGAAAUCAUCGACGAGUCAUCCGGACGAAGAUAGACGACGAUCUCAGAAGGAAUCCCUCCCUGUGAGUCCGCGGACAUCGGGAGAGAACUCGUCCCGUGCGUCCCACGGUACGAGUCAAGGUUGCGUUUCCCGAUUUCCGUCCGAAAGGACUGUUCUCCAAGAGCAACUGGAGAGAUUUUACGGCGAGAUCGGCCACCUAUCCGAGAAAGUUUCUCGAGUCCAGAAAGAAGUGGAGGAAGCGUCCGUCAAUCUCCGAAUGCUCAGAGAACUACUCGCGAGGCUGGAAUCAUUCGGAGGGAAAGACUUCGAGAGGGCAGAGCUACAGUGCCGGCUCAUAAGAACCCAGCUCGACGGUCUGGAACACACGGCUAAAACCAUGCCGCAUUACUAUCCAUCGUACCCCAUGUUCAAUGAUCUUAUAUCAACAUUGAAAAAAGUCCUAGCUGGACACGAGUACGUGACGCAGGCUUCUAAAGAAAAAAACGACAUGCUCCGAGAAAACGAUAAGCUUCGGAAUGAAAUCCAAGUUCUUCGGGAGGAGAUGGAUAAGCUGAAGAGGAAACACGUGAAGGACAAGAAGACCAUCAAUGAGUUGGAGAAACUGUCAUCCUCAAGAUUGCAGGACUCUUCAAGCUUGAAAAUGUUCUCCCCUCAACACAAUUCCAGCUCCACGCAGCGAGAAGAUGAUCUGAAACUCAUUGAGAUGCUCAGAGAAGUGAAAACUGCGCUCCAAGACGGCCAAGAGUUCAGAGGAAACAAAGACUACAGCGAUGUCGUUUGUCGUCUGAAAGAGGCUGUGAAACCAGACAGGUUGGACUCCCCGAAGUCCCAUGAAGCGGUCGCCUCCAUGGAUAGUUACUUCCGGAUAUUGGAGAAAAACAUCUCGCUGAUAAAUCACGAACUGGACAUACAGAACAAUAAUUGA